AGUGGUAGUCCGUCACAUAGACCCUUGUGCAGGCGAUUGAAUACACCUGCACCACCGACGUCGGUUCUGUUUUUCUUUCUUUAUUGGUUUUCUGCGACUCCACCGUUAUCGUUUGUGGCUUCAUAAAACCGCGAUUACCCCCGCACAACUACGUAAACACAGAAAAGGUUGAAGAACACUAUUUCUCGCUCUAGCUUCUUCUUUUCUCUCACCAUCUGAAUCGGGGUACUACCGCAAUGAUGCGGCGUCUUCGCGUUUCCGCGGCCUGUCCGCGUGAUGCCGCCCGCACCCGCAUGACGGGCUUCAACCUGUUCACGCAGGAGACACAGAGGCAACGUCGCGUUCUGAAGUCCAAGAAUAUGAAGGACGGCAGGAAAAACAUGCAGAUCAUGUCCAGUCUGUGGGAGCAACUGACGCAGCGGCGCCGUGAGAUCUAUAACGAACGCGCACGCCAGCGCAACGCGUUGAAGCUCAGCGACCCCGUGAAGAAGAACAACACCUUCAACCUUAUCAUGCGGCUUUUCGGUGCUGAGAAGAUUAUGCUGAACGCGGGCGAUGAGGCCUUCAUCGCGCGCAUUGCCAAAAGCACCAUGCAAGUCAUGAACCAAAAGGACAACAGAAAACUACGGGCGAAGCUGAAAGUUGAGGACAACUCAGCUGCAAAGGGAAAAACAGCGUGUUCCAUCACUUCCGCCUUUAAGCGCUUCUCCAACCCGCACAUGAUGUUUUUCGACUCCUUCACGGAGAUGCAACGAAGUGUGGCACCAACUCGUAAGAUUGCUUUCUCGAACAUUUCAAAACUGGUGUCCCUCAGCAACGUCUCCGAGUCUGGGGAGGAGUACGUUAUUCAAAGCUUCAACUCUCUCUCUGCGGACGAAAGCAAUCUCUUUAGCCCAAUCUCCGACGUGGAGGCGCCGUACUUUGAGGUGUUCUGCGCUACACGCUGCGGAAACAUGGACUACAAGCACUUUAACAUCCUUCACCUCUUCGCCAUGUUUCGCGGCAUCGAGGUGUACAUCCCGCAGAACCAGGAGCGGGAACGGCUGUACCGCAGCCUCCUCAGCAGCUACCGCGCGCACGACGGCGUCUACUACCGCGCACGUCGCUGCCUCGAGCGGCUGGAGGCACCCCGAAGUUCCGACUGCGGACUUUACAUCACCAAGCGAACGCCCGCACCGGUGAAGAUCGCACCGUCCACCUACGGCAUCGAGCAGAGCUGGGACGACGUCUCCGUGGCGACGGUGCUGGCCGAGACGCGCCACGAGCAGUCAGUCUACGACGACAUCCUCGUGCGUGCCGCGUUGCUUCGGUCAGAGGAGAAGAACGCACUGCUGGACCUCUAUCAGAUUCGCCUGGAGGGGGCAAAAUACGCAGCAAAUUUGGUGCGCAAGGUCGCUGCGGCGGCACCGGAGGAGGAGGCGAUGGAGGAGGACUUCGAAGACACGGUGAAGGCGGUGCGCGCAAAGAGGGCGGCGAGGACGAAGACGCCGGCCUCGCAUGACGAAAUUGCGGUGGUCCCUGCGAGGAGUAAAGCGGCACAGAAGAAGCGCGCGGUGUCGCGCACGGCAGAGAGGGAAGCUGCUUCUCCCAUGACGAGGACGUCCGCACUCUCAAGAGCAAAGAAGAACGUGCGGUCUGCGGCCAGCUCCACGAAAUUAGAGGAGAAGCGGCGCGCGGUAGAGGCAGAGACAGCGGUUGAGGAGAGUGAAGAUAAGGAGAUGGAGGUGGCGGCGGUACGGCGGACUUCGUCGACAAAGAAGUCACGCGUACUGCAGCCCUCCAUGGCGGCGGCGGCGGUGGAGAGCGAGUUGAGCGCGGAGGAUUUCAUGGCAGUGGAGGAGGUCGGGGCGGAGGAAGAGGAGGCAGCAGAUGCCUAUGCAGCUGCUCUCGACGAGGAUCAUGUGGAGAACAGCGAAGAGAGGGAAGUGGCUGCUCCAGCGAGGAAAGGCAGGUCAGAGAAGCGUCGCAGCGCACGUAGUCGCCUCACUGACCCAGCGGCGAUGUUGCCUGCAGAGGCACGCGUGCAAAAGCUUGUCACGAAGCACUCGUCAGCGCGAAGGAAGGUGCUGCCCAUCACCACAGCCCAGGCUCCCCCCUGCGUUCCUCCGAGGCGCAACGCGGAUUUCACAGCGAGCAUUCGUGCGCUGCUGAGCGGCUCCAUGUGA